AUGAGAUACCUUGCUGUGUUUGCCUCUAUCCUUGCCGUCGCCGCUGCCGGCGAUUUUGGGAGCUGGAGUCUCUACUGCGGUUCUUCUUGCUCCGGCGGUACCCUGAUUGGCACAGGUGAUCUCGACAGCAACGUGAUCAGCUCUUGCACCAACCUUGGCGCCACUUACGACUAUUGCCACCUUGAGGUCGUUCAAUACACGAAUAUGUACCGUGCUGUUCUUUCCUCAGACGGCACCUGUGGCGACAGCUCCAACCCUGUCAUUAGUGCUGGCGGUUGCACAAGUGCUGGCAGCUGGUCAAACUACCAGAUCUACUACUAUGCCUAA